GAGGCGGAGGUCGGCGCUCGGGUCCGUCUCUGCCCGCGGCUGUGGCGGCGCCGGCGGCUCCAGCCUUAGCGGUUCCUCCCUGGGCAGCGGCGGCGGCGGCUCGGUCGACGCCUCCUCCGCCAGCUGAGCCCGCGGCAUCCCGGGACGCCGCUUCCCCGCCCAUCCCCGCUCCCCGAGGCCGGUCCCUGGCCAUGGCGCAGCCGGGCCCGGCUCCCCAGCCUGACGUUUCUCUUCAGCAACGGGUAGCAGAAUUGGAAAAAAUUAAUGCAGAAUUUUUACGUGCACAGCAGCAGCUUGAGCAAGAAUUUAAUCAAAAGAGAGCAAAAUUUAAGGAGCUAUAUUUGGCUAAAGAGGAGGAUCUGAAGAGGCAAAAUGCAGUAUUACAAGCUGCGCAGGAUGAUUUGGGACACCUUCGGACACAGCUGUGGGAAGCUCAAGCAGAGAUGGAGAAUAUUAAGGCAAUUGCGACAGUCUCUGAGAAUACCAAGCAAGAAGCUAUAGAUGAAGUGAAAAGGCAGUGGAGGGAAGAAGUUGCUUCCCUUCAGGCAGUUAUGAAAGAAACAGUUCGAGACUAUGAGCACCAGUUUCACCUUAGGCUGGAACAGGAGCGAGCACAAUGGUCACAAUAUCGAGAAUCUGCAGAAAGGGAAAUAGCUGAUUUAAGAAGAAGACUGUCUGAAGGUCAAGAGGAGGAAAAUUUAGAAAACGAAAUGAAAAAGGCCCAAGAAGAUGCUGAAAAACUUCGGUCUGUUGUGAUGCCAAUGGAGAAGGAAAUUGCAGCUUUGAAAGAUAAACUGACAGAGGCUGAAGACAAGAUUAAAGAGCUGGAGGCCUCAAAGUUUGAUAGAUGCAUCAUCUUUCAGGUUAAAGAACUGAAUCAUUAUUUGGAAGCUGAGAAAUCUUGUAGGACUGAUCUAGAGAUGUACGUAGCUGUUUUGAAUACUCAGAAAUCUGUUCUACAGGAAGAUGCUGAGAAACUCCGGAAAGAAUUGCAUGAAGUUUGCCAUCUCUUGGAGCAAGAGCGACAACAACAUAACCAGUUAAAACAUACAUGGCAGAAGGCCAAUGACCAGUUUCUGGAAUCUCAGCGUUUACUGAUGAGAGACAUGCAGCGAAUGGAGAUUGUGUUAACUUCAGAACAGCUCCGACAAGUAGAAGAACUAAAGAAGAAAGAUCAGGAGGACGAUGAACAACAAAGAAUUAAUAAGAGAAAGGAUCACAAAAAAACAGAUAUUGAGGAAGAAGUAAAAAUACCAGUAGUAUGUGCUUUACCUCAAGAAGAAUCUUCUGCCCAGUUAUCAAAUGAAGAGGAGCACUUAGACAGCACCCAUGGUUCAGUUCAUUCCUUAGAUGCAGACUUGCUGUUACCAUCUGGAGAUCCAUUUAGUAAAUCGGACAAUGACAUGUUUAAAGAUGGACUCAGGAGAGCACAGUCUACAGACAGCUUGGGAACCUCGGGCUCAUUGCAAUCCAAAGCUUUAGGCUAUAAUUACAAAGCAAAAUCUGCUGGAAACCUGGAUGAGUCGGAUUUUGGACCACUGGUAGGAGCAGAUUCAGUAUCUGAGAACUUUGAUACUGCAUCCCUUGGGUCACUGCAGAUGCCAAGUGGGUUUAUGUUAACCAAAGAUCAGGAAAGAGCAAUCAAGGCUAUGACACCAGAACAGGAAGAGACGGCAUCCCUUCUCUCCAGUGUUACCCAGGGUAUGGAGAGUGCUUACGUGUCCCCCAGUGGUUACCGCUUAGUCAGUGAGACUGAGUGGAAUCUCCUGCAGAAAGAGGUACAUAAUGCUGGAAAUAAACUUGGUAGACGUUGUGAUAUGUGUUCCAAUUAUGAAAAACAGUUACAAGGAAUUCAAAUUCAGGAGGCUGAAACAAGAGACCAGGUGAAAAAACUGCAGGUGAUGCUAAGGCAAGCUAAUGACCAGCUGGAGAAGACAAUGAAAGAUAAACAGGAGCUGGAAGACUUCAUUAAGCAGAGCACUGAGGACUCAAGCCAUCAGAUCUCUGCACUUGUCCUAAGAGCCCAAGCAUCAGAAAUCUUACUUGAAGAGUUGCAGCAGGGCUUUUCCCAGGCAAAGAGGGAUGUUCAAGAACAGAUGGCAGUGCUGAUGCAGUCACGGGAACAAGUUUCAGAAGAGCUGCUGAGGUUACAGAAAGACAAUGACAGUCUCCAGGGAAAGCAUAGCUUACAUGUGUCCUUGCAGCAAGCAGAAGACUUCAUCCUCCCAGACACGAUAGAGGUGCUCCGGGAAUUGGUUUUAAAAUACCGUGAGAACAUCAUUCAUGUGCGGACAGCAGCAGACCACAUGGAAGAAAAGCUGAAGGCUGAGAUACUUUUCCUAAAAGAGCAGAUUCAAGCAGAACAGUGUUUAAAAGAAAACCUUGAAGAAACUCUGCAGCUAGAAAUAGAAAACUGCAAGGAGGAAAUAGCUUCCAUUUCUAGUCUGAAGGCUGAAUUAGAAAGAAUAAAAGUAGAAAAAGAACAGUUGGAUUCUACAUUUAGAGAGAAGUCUCAACAGCUUGAGAAUCUUCAGGAGAUAAAGAUCAAUUUGGAAGACCAGUUAAAGAAAGAGACUGCUGCUAAGGCUGCUGUUGAGCAACUAAUGUUUGAAGAGAAGAACAAAGCUCAGAGAUUACAGACAGAAUUAGAUGUCAGUGAACAAGUCCAGAGAGAUUUUGUAAAGCUUUCUCAAACCCUUCAGGUGCAGUUAGAGCGGAUCCGGCAAGCAGACUCCUUGGAGAGAAUCCGGGCAAUUCUGAAUGAUACCAAACUGACAGACAUUAACCAGCUCCCUGAGACAUGACACCCUGACAGCAGGAUUCUAGUCUGCACUUUGGGGUUUUUAACUCAUCUUUAGAUCAACAUUAAUUAUUAUUUAACUCUUAACUGAAGAAGCCGAAGUCACAAUAAAAGGACGAUUGGAGAAAUGCUUAUUUCUGGUGAGAGAAGACUGUGCAGCACAGGGACAGCCAGCAGCCAGGGUCAUUUGCAGCCAACAGACCUUUCCAAUGAACACUAACCAGACUCCGGGCUUGAUUCCAACAGGUGUGGGAUCAGAUUUGGUGAUGGAAAAGGGCUGUAUCUUUGCCUGAUUUCUCCAACAUAAAAUUUUCAAACACAUUUUCUUACCCUAAAGCAACUUCCCAGUAGUGUUUGGAAUUACAUUUUCUGUUCAUAGUGAGAGAAUUUCUUUUUCUGUUGUCUAGAGAGCUCAUCAGUAACAGUAUUCAGAUAGCAGACAGAGGUGUAGUAUGCUGUAUGAAUAUUUUAUAUUAAAAUAUGAAGUUUGAGAGCAGGCCAUUGGCUACUGACUGUAUUUCCCUCGUUUAGUGCAUUUUCUUCUUUUUACCAUUUUAUCUUAUAUUGGAGGAUUUUUAAAUGCUACUGAAACUUGCCUAAGAACUUUAAGACUGUGGCAAACCAAACCAGUUCAAGUACAGAAUUAGGAGGAUUUGAAAACUUGGCUGAGGUUAUAUAUGGAUAAUUAUAUAUAUGUAUGUAUAUAUACAUAUAUAUGUAUGUAUUGGAAGUUGAGUUUAAAGGAAAAGCACAAGAAACUAUUUGGAAGCACUUUUUCUGCAUACCUGGAAGAUCUUCGUGGGCCCCACAGGUGCCAGGGUUGAACUGGCACCAGACUUUUGAUGUUUUGGCCUAGUUAUUGGAUCAGUGAAAAAAUAAUAAACAAACUAUACCUGACAUCAUCUAUCAUAUAUUUAUAAAUCUACUUAUUUUCAACUUGAAUCAGUGGGCUUAAAUACUAUUUGUUUUAAAAGUGUCAAAUAUAGAAAAGUAAUGAGGUUUGGCAGAUACUUACUUGAUGUUUUCUUUUACAAUUUUGAUCUGGAGUGUAAGUGACAAUGCUCACAGUGAAAUUGGGGGGAAAUCCAUUUAGUGUAUCAAUCAGUUUGGAAAUCUGCUCUGUCAUUUUCCAAGAGUGUGAAUUUCUUGUGUGAAGAAAACCUUGGUGGAACAAGUUGUUUUUGCCAUAGCUUCAUGAAGUGUUGCAGAAACAGUAAAUUUGUGUCAUGCUCACUGUUCACCUGCUGCAGUACUGCCCCAAAAGCAGCUAGUGGAAGGCUCUGUUUAAUUCACCAUGUACAACAUUCAAAAGGAAAAAUGUUUAAGUACUUUUUUUUAAUUGAUGUUGAAUAGCAGAGGGAUACCUGAAGGAACCUUAUAGGAAUUAGUGAACUUUGUUAUAAAUGAAGUCAGUAUGGAUUUGUCCUAAAGAUCUUUCUUCCUCAGGAUAAAUGAUAAGGACUACAUUACAUCAUCCCAUGGAUUAUUUUUGUAGUCUUGCAUUCAUGAUUAUGAAUUUAAAAGUAAAUACUAAUUAUGAAAGUAGUGCUAAAGGCUUGUCAUGCAUGAAACAUUAUAAUUGAUUGAAGUCCUUUUGUAUAAAGUCUACUUGGUUUAAAGGAAACAUGUCCUCUUUGAGUUACAGGGAAUUUUGUUAGUUACAGAAUAUGAUUUGCACAGUUAAGACUAGUUCCUUGCAUAGGCCCCAAGCUUAUUUAGCACUAUAAAUCAUGAGGAGUAAUUCGUAAUCUUUCUGAACCAUUGUUUCCAGUUAACUGCUGAGACUGAGCACCUUUUUUUUUCUCCAGAAGAUGGGUAUUGGGGCAAUAAAAUCAUGAUUAGGGAACUCUUCAUGGUCUGUACUAUGGCAGAUGCAAACUGUUGGAAUCCACUAAAUUGAGAAAAAUAUCCUAGAAAAACCCAAAUUGAGACUGCAUUUUAACAGUCUGGUAUGAAACAAACUGCUGUGAUACUCUCCAGGUAGGAUUUUCUGAAUAAAUGAAAUCUGAUUUAAGAAGGUGAAAUUUAUCCCUUCUAAGGAAAAGAUCAGUUGGGUUUCACAAGUGUUCCUGUGCUUGUAUUCAGUCUAUGUACACCUGUUCUCUCGCAUGUCUAACCCAAUUUACCUCUUACCUGUAAUGUACCUUACAAUGUGGUUUUUAAUUGGCAGUCACUUGGCCAUUUCUAGGCAGGUAUGGUUAUUACCUUUCAGAACUCAUAUUGGCAGGUACAAAAAGAUGUAAAGCUGAGACAAAACCAUAUACUGCCUACCAAGCUAUUUCUUUCUUUCUUUAAGGUGCUAACACUUGCACCUUGUACCUACUCAGUCGAGACACAGCACAGCCAAACUCAGCUCUGAAAGGUAAUAGUGCCUGUGAGAAGUGAGCAGAGGUGGCCUUGGCAAUUGUGGAUCUUUAGCUCUGCUCUGAGCAGAUUGCAGGUGUAACUGUUGCUAACUGUACUGAAGGUGUUUCCUUAAGAAGAAGUGUUCAAAUUAAAAAAAGCUGCUGCCCAGUAGACUGUGUGGCCUUUUCCUUUGAAUUCUAGUGUUGUGAUGCUACUUUAAAAUGCAGCUCUUAUUCUGGCUUCAAUAGAGAGAAAGUUCAGUAGGGUCAAGGAGACUUGGAAGUGUACAGCUGAAAGCCUGUGUCUCAGGGUGGUUUUGUUUUUGAAAAUGAUACCGGGCCCUUGUUGCAUACGAUCACUGAGUUUAGUUAUAAAGCACAUUCUAAUUUUUAAAUAUAUUUAUUCAAUAAUUAUAAAACAAAUAUUAAAAAUGAUAAACCACACCAAAUUCAUCCAAAAAAAUGCUUCUUUAUAAAUUAGUGCUGUUUGGUUUACAGUAUGGGUUUGAAUCUUCAGUUUUGUUAAUUUCAGUUGUGAAUCUAAUCCUGGUGUCAGAAGUUUACAUGAUUUCGGAUAUCAUUGAUUUGCUUCACCAUUUCCCUUAUGUGUUCACCCCUGUAAAAUCAUAAAGUCACUCAUUUUUAGAGAUGAAAGUCAUUAGUACAGAAUCUUAAGAACUGAAACGAGUAAUGCUGAAUUAUCUAAGAACUUCUUUGCUUAAAUUAACAACUUAACGGUUCCAGAUGGAUAGUAGGUAUUUACUCAUUUAAGGCGGCAAACUGGUUCAACUACUGGAAUUUAUUUUUUGUGGCUAAGUACUGGGGAUAGAACCCAGGAUCUUGUGUAUGCUACUUGAUUGCUCUACCACUGAGCUGUAUACCUCCAGCCCCAGGAAUUUUUUUUUUAAUAUUUAUUUUUUAGUUGAAGGUGGACACAUGAUAUCUUUAUUUCAUUUUUAUGUGGUGCUGAGGAUCGAACCCAGUGCCUCACACAUGCUAGGCGAGCAUUCUACCAUUGAGCAACAACCCCAGGAAAUAUUUUUGAACAUAGUCUCUGUCUGGGAAAAUACUUUUGACCACACAACAAAAUCACAUUAUAGAAAAGCCAUCAUAUUCCAUACUCAUUGCUAAGUCCCUAUUCUAGUAAUUAGUGAUGUGCAGACACUAAAACUUGGGAAUCUUUACCUGGGCAGACAGAGGUCGACUUUGGCAUACUCCAGAGAAAAAAACUAUUUUUACAACAAUAGCAAGUUUAUAAGCAUUUACUUACUCCUCCUUCAGAAUGGACUGGAUGCAUUUCCGCUGGUAGGCACUGAGGGUGAUGCUCGGUUUUUGAGGACUUGGCACCUUUUCCAUCUUUCGCUGUUGAUAGUCUUUUUUCAUAGUAACCUUAAGUAAUCAAACAGAACAUGAAUAUUUUAGUAUGCUUUGCCACACGUUUUUACAUGUUUUAAUCUGUUCUUGUUAUAUUUUAUGAAAUUAUUUUCUGUAGCAUAAUGCUUAAAAAAUAAGACUGAAUUUAACCACCUUGUACCCAUUCCUACCUGUUUGAUGGCAUUGCCCAAAUGUCGAAGUUGAUCCGGUAUCAGCUGUAAUUCUUUCUUCAUGUCUCUCUCACUAUCAGAGAGAACUGGGAGCUGAGAGUGAAAACUGUGAAGUACUUUUUUCAUCCUUUAGAUAAGGUAAGCAAACAUCUCAGCUUAAGAUCUCCGCUAAUUAUGAGAAAUAUAAUCACAAUAAAGCUUGUAAUUCAAGACUCUGGUAUCUGGGGAGGAGGUCUCCACAGGAUAGAUUAGGGGAAAGUGACAUAUCUUUCCUAACAUAUACUUUGGAGGAGAAACAGGGAUCCAUUCAAUUCUAUAGGUAUGUGAGCAACUGCUAAGGUCUAUUUUCUUCAUAAUACUAUUAGUACUUAAUAAGGUUGCUAGUAUCUGAGUAGGGAACUGAAUAUUACACAGCCCACUGACCUAUUCAUGAUAUCUUCUUGUUUUUCCUUGGCUUCCUCAUAUUUGUCAGCUAAGCGCUCAGCCAUUUCCCGUAGACUCUUCCUGAUGGCAUAAGAAACAAAGACUCUUGGGGUUCACUGAUGUGUUCAACAUCUUGAGGUGAGAUUCAGUCCCCUACAUUACUGUUUCAUUCUCCCUAGUUUUGACACUUACCUCUCCUCUCGACAAUAAUUGAGAUCUUCUAGCUGUUUCUUUUUUUGGUCACAUAAUAAUUUGACCCUUUAAGAAGGAAAAUAAAGUUUAAUCAGAAGCCAGGCCUGGGCUAUUAAUACAGCACCAGCUACCAACCAGGGACUAAUGGUUGUGAACAUAAGACAUCCUACCUCCGCUGAAUCUCUUCCUUUGCCAAGUCCUGCUUAAGAAUGUAUUGUUCUCUGAACACCUGGGUGGCUCUGCUGAUAAGCUGAAGGCAUUCCUCAGGAGGAGGGGCCAAAUCCUUUUCAGAUGAUCUUAAAAUGAAAAUUUCUAUCUUAGCCAAGUAAGACUAGUGAAAACAGAAUGAGUCAGCUGCUUUUUUCCUUUUUUGCACUUAUUUAUUUUAAAACAAGGUCUUGCUAAGUUGCUGAGGCUGGCCUCAAACUUAUGAUCCUCUUGCCUUAGUCUCCAAAGCCAUUGGGAUUAUAGGCAUCCACCCCCAUGCCCAGCUUCCUUUUUCACUUUGUUUAUCACUCUCAGGUGUCACUUCUCUUCCUCUACUCACUAACUGAUGAGAUAUGCCCUGUGUCUCUUCCACCUCCACCACAGUAAAGCAGAUAUGAAAUAGCUGAGGACAGAAAGGAUGUACAAUAAUUUUGAAGAGAGAGAACAAAACCCAUUCUUAAAAUCUGGAUGCCCAAAUCACAUACUUGAGAAAUGCUGGAUUGGCAACACUACGUUGCAAAAUGCUUCUAAUAUGCUUUUCAAAGGAAUCUGGGGUCUCAGCCAGAAUACGGAGAGGGGACUCUGUCACUUCAACAUCUUCUCGGGUACACAGCAGGGGAGGAGAAGCUGGAUGGACAGUACUU